AUGGGCUUCUUCGCUCGAGUGAAAUCCUAUGUCAGGGGCCAGGAGACUGUGCCUGGCGAGGGCAAGCUCCUCCGAAAAAUUGAUGCAUUCAUCCUAUCGUUCUGUUGUCUCUGCUAUUUCGCCAACUAUUUGGACCGCAGUAACCUCAACAAUGCAUAUGUCUCUGGGAUGAAGGAGGAGCUCAACUUCAAAGGGAACCAGCUCAAUGUGAUCAACACUGUCUUCACUGUUGGAUACAUUGUUGGACAAAUUCCAUCUAAUCUGGCGCUGACCUAUCUACGGCCGCAUAUCUUUUUUCCCGCUAUGAUGUUGAUCUGGGGCAGUCUGACCAUGCUCACGGCCGCUGUGCACAAUCCUCAAGGUAUCAUGGCCAUCCGCUUCUUCUUGGGAUUAGCCGAGUCAAGCACCUUCGUCGGAACGCAUUAUAUUCUUGGCUCCUGGUAUACAGAGAAGGAGCUGGGGAAGCGCAGCGGAAUUUUCACUGCAUCAGGUCUGGCCGGAACAAUGUUCGGCGGUUUCAUCCAGACUGGCAUUCAGAAAUCCCUGAAUGGCGCUCACGGACUCGCCGGCUGGCGGUGGCUGUUUAUUAUUGACGGCCUAAUCACCAUACCCAUUGCCAUCUACGGUUUCCUGCUAUUCCCCGACACUCCAACGACUACCAAAGCCCCCUACUUAACUUCCGAAGAGAAGGCCAUGGCUAUUGCGCGCAUCCCAGAGUCCGGCUGUGUCAAAGUCCCGCUGAAUCUGACAUUCGCAAAGCGCAUCCUCACCUCCUGGCACUGGUAUGGCUUCGUCGGAUUAUGGAUCAUCGCGGGAGAGACAGAGUCAUUCUCUAGCAAUGCCUUAUUGGCACUCUACAUGAAAUCAUCCCCGACUCACAAGUACACUAUCUCCCAGCUAAACGAUUACCCAACGGGCGUGCCAGCGGUCGGAAUAGUCUCCACGCUAUUUUGGGCCACUUUGACCGAUUUCAUGGGCGGCAAGCGAUAUCUAGUGGGCUACUUUAUUGCCAUCACGGGAAUCGUGACUUCCUCUAUGAUAUUGACUCGAUUUGAAGACACUGCAGUCGUCUUUGCCGCAUAUUACUGGGCUGGAGCUGUAUAUGCCUGUCAGGCAACCUUCUUUGCAUGGUGCAAUGAUGCUAUGCGCUAUCAAGAUGACCGGUUCCGGUCCGUGGUCAUUGCCAGUAUGAAUAUGGGCAGUAAUGCGGUUAAUGCUUGGUGGAUCCUGCUGUUCUACUCGGCUAACAUGGCGCCUCGAUUUACUAAGGGUAUGUGGGCGAUGAUUGGAUGCUCGAUUGCGCUGGCGCUUUGGACAACGGGUAUCAUUUUGAUGACUGUGCGUGAUGGGAAGAAGAGAGAAGGACAGGAGCUUCGGCUGGGAGAUGCUGAUGUGAAGCAAAUUGAAGAAACUACAAGGGAAGUUUGA